AUUUCAAAUAACGAACUAACGAAAAUGACCGUUCGUCCGAAGUGGGUAGUCAAAUAGAGUUUCCUUUCUCUACUCUCUCUAGUCUCUACCCUCCUAUUUUCUCUCUCUUUCUCUCUCUCUCUCUUGUUAUUGAGGAACCAGUUAUGACCAUGAAAGUGAGGCGAAGGCAGGGAAAAUAAGAGGAGGAGGAGAAAGCGAAUUAUGCACACAAUGAGGGAGACAUUCUUUCUGUUACUCUCCACUCAGCCCAUUUGGCUUCUCCUCCUCUCCUUGCUUGGUUUCUUCACCAUUCUCAGGCACUCUACCACUGCUGUUCAAUGGGUUUUCAGAGUCUUUCUCAGACCCUCCAAGGACCUGAGAUACUAUGGCUCUUGGGGAGUAGUCACCGGAGCCACCGAUGGCAUUGGAAAGUCAUUUUCCUAUCAGCUAGCCAGAGCCGGCCUCAACCUUAUACUGGUGAGCAGAAGCUCCACCAAGCUGAAGGCAGUUUCUAAGGAUAUCCGAUCUCAGUUUCCUAAUACAAAGGUAAAGAUCAUCGAAUUGGACUUCACAGAAGAUGAUAUUAGUGCUGGUAUGGCAGAGUUUAAGAAGGUGAUUCAAGAUUUGGACGUGGGGGUUCUGAUAAACAACGUGGGGAUUACAUAUCCAAACGCCAGUUUUUUCCAUGAAGUGGAUGAGAAAGUCUGGAUGAAUGUUCUUAAAGUGAACGUGAAGGGCACUACUUGGGUUACCAAAGCUGUUUUGCCAAGGAUGAUUACUAAGAACAGAGGAGCUAUUGUGAAUAUUGGCUCUGGAGCUGCUGUUAUUGUUCCUUCUCAUCCUCUCUACGCAAUCUAUGCUGCUACAAAAGCGUACGUGGACCAACUCUCAAGAUCUCUACAUGUGGAAUACAAGCAUUGGGGAAUUGAUGUGCAGUGUCAGGUGCCAUUGUAUGUGGCAACUGAAAUGGCGUCGAGAGUGGCGUCGGUGAGCAGAGCGUCGCUGUUCAUUCCAUCAGCCGAUGACUAUGUGAGUGCUGCAAUUCACAGAAUUGGAUACGAGCCACGAUGCACCCCUUACUGGGCUCACUCGCUCCAAUGGUGCUUUGCUCGUCUUCUCCCGGAGGCAGCACUCGACAUGUGGCGACUCUCCAUUGGCUUGCAUAGGAGGAGGAAGGGAUUGGAAGCCAUGAAAGGGAUUGAAGGUUACAAACAAGAAUAAAAGCAACUCUGUGAAGGCUACUGUUGCAUUGCAACUACAAGAUAUGGUGAUAUAGUAAAUGUGUUGUAAUAGUCAUGAAUGUGAUGAGUUGUUCAAUAAGGUGAUAUAAUAUGGUUUGCUUUCCCUUCAAUAUUGCCAAGCUCAUUCA